AUGGUCCUCCAUUCCAUCUCUGCCCUCGAGAUGACGAGCGAUAUCAAGGUCUGGAUGGGUGUCUGGCAGGAUAACAACGCCACCACCAAUGCCCGCCAGCUCGCGCAAAUGUGGGAUAUCCUUGACAAGUACGGUGAUGACCCUUUUGAAGGCAUCAUCGUUGCCAACGAAGUGCUCUUCCGCAAGCAAUUUACCGUGGCCAGCCUCGGCGAACUGCUCGACGACGUGCGAACCAACCUCACCAAGAAGAAGUACGAUCUCCCAGUCGCUACCUCCGACCUGGGAGACGACUGGACUCAGGAACUCGCCGACGACAGCGAUUACAUCAUGGCCAACGUCCACCCGUUCUUUAGUGGAACAACGGCGACCGAGGCUGCCGAUUGGACGUACAGCUUCUGGAAGGGCCAUGACGGCCCCUUUUGGAAGAAAGACACCUCCAAGAACAUCAUCUCCGAGACCGGUUGGCCCACGGGAGGCGGCAAAGACUGCGGCGGUCCCAGCACCUGUACAGACCCAGCCGUGGCCGGAAUAGACGAACUCAACACUUUCAUGGGUGAUUGGGUCUGCCAGGCGCUGGAGAAUGGCACAAACUACUUUUGGUUUGAGGCCUUUGACGAGCCGUGGAAGGUCAUUUACAACACGGCCACCGAGGCGUGGGAGGACAAAUGGGGCCUCAUGGAUGCCAACCGCAAGCUCAAAGACGGCGUCAAGAUUCCCGACUGCGGCGGCAAGACAGUUUCAUGA